AUGCUUACCAAAGAACAGUCGAGGGCAUUGAAUUUAAUUGAAAGUGGACAUAGUUGUGUAAUUUUGGGGCAGGCGGGGACGGGAAAGUCAUAUCUAAUAAAGGAAAUGCUUAAAAGAAUUAAAGACAAACGUGCAUCCGUAACCGCUAGCACGGGGUUGGCGGCACGACAAUUCCAAGGCGCCACAACUAUUCACCACUGGGCAGGGCUAGGUGAUGGAAGGUUUGAAAACCAGCACUUAUUAAAAAUCCUCAGUGAAGAAACCAAGAGCAGAAUCCAGAAAUGCGACUUGCUAGUCAUAGAUGAAAUAUCUAUGAUCAGUAGGAAAAUUUUUGAGAAGCUAGAAUUCAUCUGCAGGUCAGUUAGGGAACCAAGCCUAUAUUUUGGUGGAUUGCAGGUUGUGUGUGUAGGUGAUUUUUUCCAAUUACCACCCGUCCCAAAUGACUUGUACAGGGAUCCUGGAGACCAUGCAUUUACUUCAGAUGUAUGGACAAAGACAAUCACACACAUCAUAACACUUAAAACAGUAAUUCGUCAGAGUGACGAGGACUUGAUCCUAGCCAUCAACGAGUUAGAGCGUGGUAUUCCAAGUCACCAAACAAACCAGUUGAUGCUUGCCUUAGAUAGACCCUCGACAAGAAGCAGUCCCUGUUUUCUAUUUGGUACAAAUUUUGAAGUGGAUUGUUUCAACAUGACAGAACUGCACAAAAUGCCAGGAGAACCAACAAGUUACUGUGCUGAUGAAGAAGGGGAGCAGAAAUAUCUAAGAAAGAUCAUCGCAAAUAAACUUCUUUUACUUAAAGAAGGUGCCCCAGUCAUGCUGAUUAGAAAUCUCUCUGACUCUCUAGUUAAUGGGUUACUGGGAACUGUGCUAAGGUUAGAGGACGAUGGUCCAACUGUGAAAUUUGAAGACAAAAUAAUUAAACUAAACAAGGUUACAUUUAGUGUAUUUGACCCUGCACAGUGUGCAACAAUAGCACAAAGAAAACAAUUUCCUAUUGCUCUGGCUUUUGCCAUGACUGUUCAUAAGUCCCAAGGGCUAACUUUACCUAAUGUAGUUGUGGAUUGCAAAAAUAUUUUCCAAGCAGGUCAGAUGGGUGUGGCAGUUGGGCGUUCUACAGACCGUGGAGGGCUCUGUGUGAGGAACUACGAUCCAAAGUGCUGCAAACAGCACCCUCAGGCUGUGAAUGAUUACUGUUCAUCCUUGGGGGUUGUUGCCAUAGGAGAUCUAUCUUGCUGCCAAAAAGUGUUCGAAGAUGGCAUAUUUGAAGAAGACUUCUUUGAUACCAGUGAGCAUGGUGAGAUACAUGUAUAUGUGGCAGAAAAUUCAGAUGAGUCUGACUUUGAGGAGGAUGACAUGAAAAUGAUAGAAGAGCUAGAAAGGGCUGAGAACUCAAGGCCAGAAGGAAUGGAUCAUCAGAAAGCAAGACAUCUUCUGACUGAAUUAAGGGUGCAGAAUCCACUAUCAGAUAAUCAAAAAAUACUGAAUUCCGAUAUUAUUUACUUUGAGAUACACUUUGAUCGGUUUUUGGACUUUGUUCAAGUUUUAACUCAAAAGAUUGAAUCUAUGAAGAGUGAACAUUGCAGUUCUUCACAGUCUGUGAAAAACUGGACUUCAUUUUAUUCCAGCUAUCAUUCGUUUCUGCAGUCCAAAGAAUACAAUUCUUUAUGCAAAUCUCUAUUCUCAAGUCGAAGUGUUAAUGACUUAUUCUGUGGAAGUGUUGCUACAGCAAUUCGAAAAAAUAUUGUAACGUCACAGACAGAGCAAGAGCCAGAGCAGCCAAUGAAAACCUGUGAUACAUUUAUAUCUGACUUUGCACAUGGCAAGAUACGUUAUGUUGGUGGCCGUGCUGUAGCGAAAUUGAAGUACCAUAAUACUAACUUGGUGCGAAAUGAUCUUAGAAAUUAUGGGAAAAUUUUGAACCAGCAAGCAAAAGUAAAGGUGGAAGUGCUUCAAUCUAUCAUCGUCUCACAAGCAGAUGUUGAAUGCUCCACGAAAUUUCCACGAAGUAUAAUUGACGUCAAGAGGAAACAAAAUCUGUCUUGUGGUCUAACAAAUAUUACAGAUGGAGCAUUCCAAUUCUUUUUAGAAUUGGAAAAGACUCGAAUUCCGUUGUAUAGUGAACAUGAACUUAAGUACCAUGGACAAAAUGUUUUGCAGCAUAUUCAGGCAACAAUAGUAGAAGACAGAAAUUUGUUCAAUUCAUGGACCAAUCUAUUUUCUAAUCUACAGACUAGAUUGUUUACCAUGAAUGCAGACUUGGACACUUGUUCUCUUAUAUUGUCAGACAUAGUUGAUGGAGCAACAGCAAUUACCUGUUUAUUUAAAGACAUUGUGAAUUCUUACCUGAGAGUGACAGACUCUGAAUAUAGAAAGAAACUUUUAGAAGAAGUUGGACAAAAGAAAUCUAUGGAGCACAGAAAAAAAGUUUUAACUAAAGGAAAAGCAAAAUCCUCAGCAGCAAAUACUAACAUUUCCAUUCACGACUUACUUGGUGCUACCAACAGGGAAGCAUAUCACUUAAAACUUAAAGCAGCUUUGAUUGAAAAUUCUGGCUUGUUGAACAUUUUUAAAAAGAAAGAACUGUUAAUCUUGGGAAAGUUUUACAACACUAAGCUUAAACAAGCUGACAAGAAGGAAGUUCAGUGUGAUAUUCUAAGAAACACUAUUUUGAAUUGUGACAAGAUGCCAAAUCCAGAUAUUCAGUUGAAUCUGUCGGAUCGUCAGGGUUCAUCUAUUAAUUAGGAUCAUUCAAUGUAAGGUAAAAUCAUACUAUAAAUUUACUGCAGCUUUUGAAAUAAAAUUUGAAAUCAAA